AUGUCUCAUCCAACACAUACAUCAACUUCAACUCAUUCAACUAAUCCAACACAUACUAUAGGUCCAAAUCAUUCACAUAAGAAUACAAUUGAACAAUUUGCUAAUGCUGUAAAUGGAAAUCAUCUUGAUAAUCUCGACAAAUAUCUUGAUUCGAAUGUACAAAAAACAGUUGAUUCUAAAGCUGUUUACAAUAAUUUAAAAGAAGCUCAUGAUUAUUAUACAAAAGAACAUACAAAUAAUAAAUCUGCUCAAUGGAAAAUUAUUCAUACUGAUGAUAAAAAUGAUGAAAAAGGAAAUACAUAUCAAGCUCGUCUUACAUAUGAUAAUAAAACAUACAAUAUAACAUAUACAUUUUCAUCAGCAGGAAAAAUUCAACGUAUUGAUGCCAAUCAAGAUACAACAAAUAUUCCAAAAUAA